GCUGCCUCCUGCGCUCGUGCACAGACGGUGUGUGUGUGUGUGUGUGUGUGUGUGUGUAAAGGCGACGCGUCAGAAUCUCAUCGCAGCUCUGUAUCCCGUGACUGAGGCCAGGCAGCGGAUAAGCUGCCGUCGGAUGCGAGCGCGCGCUUGAUGCCGCUCUCGCGCACCACCGGCCGUCCUCCGUCACGCGCCAUUAACGCGGCGACUCGCGCUCACGAGAGCGUCGGACGCCUUUAUUUUCUCUCGCAGUAACACAGGUUCCAGCAAUGCCUCUUCUGGAUGAAAACUCUCUACCCAGUGACUCCCCUCCAACUGUGCCAGUUAUCAUCAUUGGAAACGGUCCCUCAGGUAUCUGUUUAUCAUAUCUACUGAACGGCUACGUUCCUUACCUAGAUCCUGCAGCCGAACAUCCCAAUCCCAUACUUUACCGCAAAUUACAAAAGGCUGAGCAUCUGCCUAUUACAGAGCAGGAUCUGGAAUACCUGAGCGAGGGUUUAGAGGGUCGUUCUGGCAACCCUGUGGCCUUACUCUUCGACACACUACUUCACCCAAAUGCUGACUUGGGUUUUGAGAUUCCUUCAGUACUGCAGUGGAAGCUGGAGAAGCAGCAGCAGAUACCUCAUCUGGUACUAGGCAAGGGCACCCCAGGGGGAGCCUGGCAUGCAAUGGAAGGAUCUAUUCUCACCAUUAGUCUGGGCAUCUGGAUGGAGCUGCCUGGGGUUAACUACAGAGACAUUACGCCGGAAAAAAUGAGCAAUGUGUCCAAUGACCGGGCCACUCCAGAUGAGCUCUCUUCCUACUACAAGAAUUAUGUAAAGAUCAUGGGGCUUCAGAAGAACUUUUUAGACAACACCUAUGUGACCUCUAUUCAAAAACUCCACCGUGACCAGGACGUUAGUCUUGAAAAUGAACAGGGGACUAAAAAUGGCACCAAAAGUGGUCAGAGGAACAGGAUAGAAAAUCACUUUGACCACUGCAGUCAAAAAGAAUCCGAAACCAGUUACAAUAGAAGGGACAAUUGGUUUCGUAGCAGUUAUAAAAACAUAAAAGAGAAUGGCAGAGGUAAAACAGAAGAGGUGGAAAGCAGGAAAAAGAGGAACACAGAGGGUAUUAGAGACAACACGAUUCCUCAGGGGUUUUCACAGGGACUAUGGGAGGUAAGGGGUUACCAGCAGAUUCAGGGGGACACCCAUAUUCCUUUCAGCCUGUUUGCUGAGAACGUUGUCUUAGCAACUGGGGCUUCUGACACGCCAGCUCGCUUAGGUGUGGAAGGGGAGGAUUUUCCGUACGUGUUCCACAGCGUACGUGACCUUGGCGUAGCCGUCAAUCAACAUAAGAACUUGGGCCCUGCAUGUGACCCAGUCCUGGUGGUUGGAGCAGGCCUUACUGCAGCUGAUGCUGUGCUGUGUGCUUACAAGAACAGAAUUCCUUUGCUGCAUGCAUUCCGUAAGCCAACUGACGAUCCCAGUCUGAUUUUCAAACAAUUACCGAACACACUUUACCCAGAGUAUCACAGGGUCUAUCACAUGAUGUGCUCUCAGACCUACCUGACAUGUCCUGUUGCCAACUCUGCAGUUCAUAAUGCUUCCACAGAACUGUACCCAGACUACACCAGCUUCCCUGAGCAUUGCGUGCAUUCGUUUCAGCCUGACAUGCACUGUAUAUUAAGGGGAUCGAAUGGCAUUCUGAGAGCCUUCAAAGUCUCAAUGGUGUUGGUUCUAAUCGGCACCUAUCCAAAUCUGUCCUUCUUGAAGGAGCACGGUCGGUACUUGGGUUUGGAUCCCGGCAAGCCGAUAUCCUGUAGGGACAACCUGGUGGAUAUUAACCCUUACACAUUUGAAUGCAGUGUUGAGCCAGGUCUUUUUGCUAUGGGUCCCCUGGUUGGGGACAAUUUUGUGCGCUUCUUGAAGGGAGGUGCUCUUGGUAUUGCAAGCUGCCUGCACAAGAGGCUAAAACAGACAAAGAAGAAAGGUAAUUCGAUUGCUGAUGAGGGCAGUAGUAGAGAAGGAGGGGGAUUUGACUGAAGUAUGUGGAAAAAUUUGUAUAAAGAAAGUGGCAACUUAUUUUUCCAGUUAACAUACAUAUAUUUUUAACUAUACAGCUUUCUUAAAAGGCAAUGUGCCAAAUUUGAUCAUUUUUAGGUUACUCAGGCUGAUAUUGCAGAUAAUAUAUCUUGUAUUGUGUUUACUUGUUAUGACAUGCUUUAAGACACCCAAUACGGCUUGAGAUCCCUUAACAACAAACAGGUUUUUAUUCUCAUGCAAGCAGACAUGAAUAGAACAUCAGUCAGAUAUGAUGCUUAUGGACAAAAAAGCUGAGAUUACUGGGUGCUCAUGCAGCAAUACAUGUUUACAGCAUUCAUGCACUUGUCAUUUGUAAAUACUUUAUACAGGUUUGUAUAAAUAAAUUGGUUUUAUUUUGGGAAAAAAGAACCAAUUAUGGAACGAAAAUAACUGUGGGGAAACCUGGAUUGUUCAGACUUUUUAUGGAUUGGUCAAGAAUGGCUGCUUCUGAGGUACAUGGAAGCAGGCAGGAAGUGGAUUGUGCGCACACCUUGUAUCUAACCCAAGUGGAAUUAAUAGUACACUUUAAUAUUUACUACCUGGUGCACCAUAUGGAAAAUACACAGAUCAGGCAUAACUUUAUGACCACCUGCCUAAUAUUGUGUUGGUCCCCCUUUUGCUGCAAAACAGUCCUGACCCGUCGAGCAUUACAGUACAAAACUACAGUUGCUCAUCUGUUGGACCACACGAGCAAAACUUCGCUCCCCACGUGCAUCACUUAAGCUUGGCCAUCCAUGACCCUGUCGCCGGUUUGCCAUUGUUCCUUUCUUGGACCACUUUUGAUAGAUACUGAACAUCUCACAAGAUCUGCAGUUUAGGAGAUGCUCUGACCCAGUUGUCUAGUCGUCAUAAUUUGGCCUUCGUAAAACUCACUCAAACACUUCAAACACCCAUGCCCAUUUUUCCAGGUUCUAACACGUCAACUUCGAGAACAAAAUAUUCACUUGCUGCCUUAUAAUUAAUAAUAAUAAAUUAAUGAUGAACAGAUAAUUAGUGUUAGUCACUCACCAGUCAUAAUGUUUUAAUGUCACUAUUAUGCCUGGUCUGUGUAUGUCCUUACAUUAAUGUAGAGUGCUUAGGUAUUAAGGGCUUGAUACAGCAUGAUCUUUAGACUGAGCAACUAAUGGAUAGGGCAUAUAUAAAAGUGCUUAUAUAAAAUUAACCAAAGCAAAAACAAACAAACAAAAAAAAAACAACCUUUGGAAAAGACUAUCAUUAGUUGUUCCAUAUGAUUUGCUUCCUAUACAAAGUUUCUAGUCUUAUCGUUAAUGCCACUAACGACCACGACAUAAUCCAGUUCCGAUUCUGAUCCAAACCCAAAAGUCAGGAAAAACAUUCAGCCUCAUUUGUAUCUGUUUCUAUUUAGAAUCUUAACUAUGCUAUGAAUUAUGAAAAAUCCAUUAUAUUUUGGCUUAUUGAUUUAUUUUUCUUUUUACACUUUUGUCCAAUACAAAGUGUGCCUAUGGCAAAAAUGUCACCGAGACCACUUGUUUAAUUAUUUGAUCCAGGUUUCAUGAUGGCUCUUAUUUAGCUAGAAUAACAGCAUAUACGCUUUUUUUUUAUUGGAAAAGAGCCAUGUAAAACGUGGAUGCAAUUAAAAAAAAAAAAAAAAAAGGGAAGCAAACAGAAAAUGUAAAGACAAAAGAAGAACAUAACUGGAACGUGGAUCACAACGAUCAACAUUGCAAAAACGAAAUUUCAAAGCUUAAUACAGAAACUAUAUAUUUUAUAUAUAUACACACACACACACACACACACACACACACACACACAAACACACACACACACACAAACACACACACACACAAGUGCCAAUUAUUGUGAACUUCAAUCAGGUGUUACAAUACAAAACACAUGACUUAGUGCAGUGGCUGGUGAAAAGUGUAGUACUUUGGCCAAACCCUGACACAAUGAAGCCAUGAUUAGUACAUUCAUCUUCCUAUUCAAAUCCAUGCAGAAAGUAAGAAAGC